AUGAAUCAAGCGGAGUCCAGCAACCAUUCGAAUUGCAAUCGUCUGCAAGUUGCAGUUUCGAAUGAGCCGCUCAUUUCUGUGGACGAACGGCUGCCAGCCUCUUCCUCCCUUCUCGCACCGUCACACCAAACAGUCCGAUACGAACAGCGGAAUGAUUCUACUAACAAUAGCGAUGAACAUGCAGCGAAGCCAGCGAACAUUCCCGACAAUAUGGACGUGUACCGCGCAAAAGCCCAUGUAGUUCUGAACCAGCAACGCCUUGCCGUAGUAGGGCGAGAGAUCCGAACCUUGCUUGCCGUCUUUGCCAAUAAAGCUCUCGAAUUUUGGGGUAAAAGCAGAGAUAUGUUUGACAGACACGAGCCCCUCUUGAUUCAACUUGGCUUAUUCUUCACAACAAUGGGCGAGCUCGAUCUUAUCCAAAAGCGCAUGACUAGUCUCUUUCGGCAACAGUGCGCCCUCAUGCGAGAAGCUGGAAUCAAAACCGAAUCCUGA